GACCAUCGGUGACUAUACCUCUUCCCAAUCUCAAGGUGCAACUUGCAUAAUACGCUAGGGCACAUACUGCUGCAUGCCAGUUGCCAGGUGGACCACGACUGACGAGCGAAAGCGUAAGUGCGCAGCUGCCACUCUCUGUGGACAGCUAGUACUCAUUGGUGGCAGGCGAGGUGGGUCACCAGUCAACUCCAUUCACCAGCUAGUGGAUGGACAGUGGGUGGAGAUUGGCUCUAUGACUAGUGAUAGGGGCUGGUGUUUAGUAGCCAGUACAUCACCUGACAAAAUCAUCAUAGUGGGUGGAUACGAGCUAUUUGGCACACUAGAUCGUACUGUUGAAGAAUGUGUUGUUGUAUAGUUUCAUGCACUUUUUGUGUCCAUUAUCUCAUAAUACACAACAUUUCAACUCUCAAAACAGUUAGAGACAUUGUGUGUGUCACUGUUUUUGUACAAGAAUGAUGUAAUGAUGAUGUAAUGUCUAUUUCAUUUUGGCCAUGAGAUCGGUCAUGUCAAGCGAGACUGCGAUUCUCUUGCGGUUCACAGCAGGUUCUGCAAAACAGAUC